CUUGUUCCAUCCCAAAAGAUCGAUUGACACUGAAAAUUUGAUUGGUGGAAAUCUUCAGUAUAAAUAAAUCAUCUGCAUAUAAUUGCUUCGUGACUCCCUGAAUUUCUGCAGAAAGCUUAUAGGUGUACAUUGGGACUUAGUCAUUGACGUUCAUAACACAUGGAAUAAGUGAAAACGAUAGAAUGGCGACUGACAUGUCCGACACGAAGAAACCUGUGAAAGGAAUUUUAAAGUCUUCCUCGAGCUUUGACCAUGAAAAGCACAAGGCGAUGAAGGAGCAAAAAGACAAAGAGAUGAAGUGGGAUGAAAUGAAUAUAUUAGCCACACACCAUCCCCCUGACAAAGACUAUGGUCACAUGAAAAUUGAUGAGCCUCCGACUCCAUACAGCAAAUAUUCCGACGUCGAGGACGACGAUGACGAUGAAGCCUGUAAGAGUGGUUCUGGUUCAGGGACGAUGGGAGACAUCCUCCCAGAAGAUAUCGCUAACAGACUCGCUGAAACACAUAGACCUAAUGAAGAGGAUUCCAAAUUAACCCGAAGAAGAAAGGGGGGGAAAACUAUAAACAAUUACCGGUACUUGUUUGCUAAGAGAAAGCAAUUCGAGCAGAAAAGGAAACUGCAUUACAAUGAAUUUCAAGCUGUAAAACUCGCCAAACAACUGAUGGAAGAAGAGGAGGAAGAGGAAGAAGACACAGAGGAAGACGGGAAGAAUGAAGAGACCACCAAUAGUGAUGUCAGCCAACCAAUGGAAGAAAACAAUAUAAAGGAAGCUAGUUAAUUAAAAACAUUAACGUCAUCCAGAUCCUACUUUUCAAAACUCAGUUGUACUUAAUAUUUAGUCAAGUGGUUGAUAAUUUUUUUCGUUAGAGUUGGCUAUUCUACAAAAUGUCUCCCCUUUCAAAUUGCAAGUUUUGGUUUAGUGUUUAGUAAUAGUGGUCAUUCUACAUGCAUGAUGAUUUCUUGUGAAAUAUGUGCAUUUCCUUGUACGAAUUAGUUGACACAUGUUGUGUACCCCGGCCAUUACUACCCAAGCAGCAUUUUAAAGACUAAAAAAUUUUGCAAAACAUUUUUCAUAACUUUUUCAUUAUAUGCUUUCAUAUAUUUUUUUUGCUUGCCAAAGUAGAGCAUUUUAGUUCAUAUUCAUGCAUCACUGUGCCAACCCUGACACAUAUAGGCAUUUCUUUACUAGAUUUCUGCCAACAAUUGUUUUAGGACAGUUUUCAGGAGAAAGAGACAUCUGAAAUUUUCCCAGCAUUGACCAUUUCAUGUAAUCAUGCAAUAAAUGUAUAGAUUAUUACAAUUUUUGUCACAUUUGUAAUAUUAAUGUGAUGUAAGUGUGUUACGUUCCCUCAGAAAAGUUUCAUCACAUGUUGAUAAAUUUUUAAAUAUAAGAUCAGACUACUGUACUGUAUUUAGCACAUCAGUACCUUUAAUAUACUAGUAUUUUUGUCUAAAGAAUCUCAUUAGGGAUGGAUGAAGUUGAGUAUAUAGUGAUAAAACCUGUCUAAGUGGCCAUAGUUAUAUGUAUAUUCCAUACUUAAAGUGCAAAUAUUGUCCCAUGUUGUGAAACAUAUCUGUAGUCCCUUAAUUUGUUCUGCAUCUUUUUUUUUAUUUCAUUAGUUGAGCAGUAGUAUUUUUGUUUAUUUGUUUGUUUUUAUUUUUGAAGUUCAUUUAAGGAUCAGUUGAAGAUUAUGCAAAUGUGAUUCUACUUCAGGACUUCCUAUAUUUACAUGCAGUUUUUGUGUAUUAGACUUUUACACAAAAACAAGGUGCAGUGUAUGUGUGAAGUACCAUGCAAUGCUUUAUAAUUGUGACUUGGGGGUAGAUAAAAGAAAGGGGAGGAGGUUGGGAUGUUGUAGUGUAUUUAAAAUUUAUUGGCUAUUUGUUGGACUUAAAUUACCAGUUCACAACUAUAUGUACAAAUUGAGAACACAAAUCUUAAAUUAUAGGGAAAAAAUGAAUGCCUGCCAAGGUAUUUUAUUAAUAUUUUGAAAGUCAAUUUCAAAUUAAAUUAUAGGCGUUUGACUGUGACAUCAUGUAAAAGGAAAAGAUCAAGAAAGAAAUAUAUUUAUCUCUAUAACACGUGACAUAAUCCUUAGCCAAAGCACAUCAAAGAAUAAAUAAAUGAUAAUCAGCACAAAAACGUACAUUAUUACUCCAGGAAUAUCACUACUCUUCAUAAAACUAAGAAUUUACCACCGAUAGAAUACUGAUGGCUGAAUAAUUGCCAUCUUGGUACAGGAUAGAUUUCACAUAACAAUCAAAUAAUUUACCAAGAUUCUAUGUACUUAAUAAUUUUCUUCUCUCCAUUUGAUAUGCAUAUGCUGUGAGAAUUUGAAAUAGCUUUUUGACUAUAUUGUAUCAAUAAUCAUGCUGUGAGAUCAGAUAAUGGCCAUAAUAAUGUCCUUAUAAUGUUUAUCAUUGGUUUGUUCAAAGUUUGUGAUUGGUGUAUAUUAUCUACUAGACUUGAGGGAAAUGUUUAUGUGUUUGUUUAUAUAAUUGCAUAAUUUUAUUAUUAGCCUACUAUAAAUAUUAUAUAUUUACCCACUACAGUUCUGCCUGUACAUUGCAUCUAAGCUUAAAAAUGAGUUCAGUUUAGUUGCUUUAUUUUAGAAUACAGGUUGUGUGAAGUUUUGCCUGUACUUUAUACCUGUAAUUCCUGGACAUGGAUUUUUUUUUUCAAAUUGUAGUUAUUAGUGCUUUAUUACACAUAUACCUAUCUCCAUUAAUAUUUUUUUUUGCACAUUUAGAUGGUAGUUUUUUGUUAAAGUUACUAAUUUACAAAAUUGCUGAAAAUACAUGUAAUUUACAAAGAGGAUCGAUUUAAUUCUAAAACAGUCUGACCUCAAAUGUCUCUUCAUAAAUAUCAGAGAUAUUUAUACAUAUAUUUCCAUUUCUAAUUUUUUUCUCUGUGAUAAUUGUUUGAAAGUUAGCGGAGUUAAUUUUUAGAUAAUUCUACCAGAAUGUAAAUUAGGCAGGUCGAUAGGUUAGGAGCUAAGGAGGCCUAAUAUGCAUGAAAAUCUCAUGUGCAUAUGUCUCUGUGUCUGACGCUAAAGAGGCCACAUAUUCAUGUAAAUCUCGUGCGGCUGCCUUUGUGUUUGACGUCAGUGGGCGAGGACUAUUGAAAUUGGCAUGGGAGUCCUCGUGUAAUUAAAAUUAAUUUAUGUAUGUCUACAUUUUUAAAAGUCUAAAUCUACAAUUUUAUUAGAAAAUGACAUGGAAAUAUAAGGAAUCACUGUCUAGUUAGUAUAGUACCGGUAUGCCAGGGACAUCAACAAUAGUGGGAAACAUGGGAUAAUUUAUGCAUAACGGGCUUUGCCCGUUAUGCAAAUAUGCCGUUGUGCAAAUUAUCCCAUGUUUCCUACUAUCGUUGAUGCCCUGGCAUAUUAUACUAACUAGACAGUGAUUCUUUAAGUAUACUUUUUGUGAGAUUUAUUUUAAAGUGCUUUUAUAUCUCUGCUUUACUAGUUAGGAAUGAUAUGAUAAAAAAAUACCUCAGCCCUUUUAUGUUCUUAAAAGCUCAACAUUAUUACGGAUAAAAAUAUGCUUUUUAUGUAGCCUUAAAACUUAAUUAAAACCUGAAAGGAAAUACAGCACUUCCAUAUGGUUCAACCCUACACAAGGUCCUGUACAACAGUGCUCUUUUGUAAAGUUAAUGCUGUUUAUUUAAGAAAUAGGGGGAGGAGUUUAAAAAUGUCUCCUUUAAAAUAUUAACUCUUCAUAAUUACAGAUACAUGUAUUAUAUUUCAAGGAGCAGUUCCUAUUAAAACAUGAUUUUUUUUCCAGAAAGCAUAAUGUAUAAGAGAAAAAUUGUAAUACAUGUAAUUAUAUGGAAAUUUAUGAAAAUCUUUUCCAACACACAUUUUUAUUUUUAACUUGUAACUUUUUACAAAUUUCAAGGUCAAAGAAAUAAGGAAAAAAUCAUGCCUUAAAUGUCAGUUGAAAAAAUUAAAGGUCAUUAAUUUUCUUAGCAUGCAACAAAUUCUUUAUGACUACAGCAGUUUUUAAAACAUCUCAAGACCAGUGUCAUUUAAAUUAUAUGAAGAAGCAAUAAAAUAAAUCUUUCAUAUUAUUGGUACAUUUUUUUUGGGGGGGGGGGGUACUUUAAAGGAUUAGUGAGUGAUUCUGUGAAAUUUAACUUGGUCUUGUUCUGGUUUUGUAAAAAGAGAAUUUUUUUUUCAAAUAAAGAAUUGAUACCCCUCUUUAUAUUAAUAUUUCUUUUAGAAUAAUUAUACUACUUAUAGCUAAUAUGCAAAUGAAAAUAUAUUCAGAUUUUUGUUCACUGUUAUAAUAGUUUAGGAGGUAAUUUUUUUUAACUUCAUGAAAGUUUUAUGUGUUGUUGUUUCCUUUUCUGAAAAUUUACUUUUACUGUAUUGAUCUUUAGUUAAAAAUGAUACUUUAUAUACAUGUCACAUUGUAUGCCUGUAAAUUUUGAGAAUUCUGGGACUUGAUGUAGAUUUAUUUAUAAAUUGUUAAGUAAGUGUUAAUUAGUAAUAGGCUAGCAGCUGGUGCAAAGGAGUGCAUUAAUAUUCAAAUCAGAAAAAAAAGUAUUAUUUGCAAUAAAAGUGAAGAAAUGUG